AUGGAUCUAAGAUGUUCUCACUCAGAAGUCGCCGGGGGCAAUGUAGCCGCGAAUAUUCGACAAGAGCGUCAUGAGAUUAGAGCCUCCAGAAGCAGCUCGAGAAGAUCGGACUCGGAGUCCCGAAUGACACACCAAUUGCUACCGCUAGCCAUACCACCGCAUCUCCACCCGGGGAUGACUUACCCGGAGAUUUACGUCUAUCCCGGCAAAUCGCAUCAUAUCACGUUUCCAGUGGUCAACUACAGCUCAGCCUAUCAGGCUCAGAAUCGCUCAUCCGGGCCAGGGUGCUACUUGGCCAUCUCGCCGCAGUGCGCGAAGCCAGCAGACUUCGAGGCAGCGCUAACACCGCCGGGUUCCGGGCUUGCUAUCGUGGCGCGGUUAUCUAAGACGCAAAGAACGGCACCUCUAGGCGUGUUUCGAGACGCUGCAGAGAUUCGCAAAGACUCGAUUCAGCUGGAAAUCUGGGAUGAAGAUACUAUCAAGGUCCCUGCAAAGGGUCACGGAGCGGAAGUUGGAACUGAUGCUCCCGAUGGUACUGAAGCUGGGACGUCAAAGAAGAAAAAGAGAGCUGCGAAUCCAGUACAGACGAAGUAG